GCUUCGGAUGGACUCAGAUUGAAGAGUCGGCACCAGCUCCCUGUUUAGAAGCUUCCAGAGCACCGGCUGCUGCGGGAAGAAGAAGGACCCGGCUGUCAAACUACCCGGCGCUUGGAGAUGACGUCUUCAGACAUUGUGUCUGUUAGGGCAGAGACUGCAGGAAAAGGACCCUCUACAGACGAACAUGCCUUACGAAUAAUUGAACACAGUUACUGAAUUCACAAUAAACCACUUCCCUGUCAGGCUGCAGUCAUGCUGCCGCUGAAGGAGAAGGAUAAACCCAUCAUCCAGAAGUUGCUGGCUGCUGGCUGCUGCGCUCGCUGUGUCCUCAGAUUCUGUUGUGUUAGUGUGCAAGCCGCCUACCGACAGCCACCAGAGGAAACACUUAAAGAACUUCAAGCUUUCAUCAAGAAUGUAGAAAAUGGUAAAUGUCAGGAUUCAGUAGGUCAAGACUCCACCGAUGAAAACAAGUCCCAAGAUACAGCAGCAUCACAAGCACCUGAAGACCCUCCCAAUAAAAGAGCUAAACUGGAGCCCAGUAUGGCUGGUGCUGAACCAGAGGAAGAGGCAGCCACGGCGGUCAGACUAGAGGAUGGGAACGCACAUGUGUGUGUGGUAUGUUUGGGAAUCCUGCAGGAGCUGUGCGGAUCGAUCCAGGCUUUAAAGAUAGCAGAAACAGUGAAGGCAGGAAACUAUGAGUUUGAUACACUGGUGCUGUCUUUGUCUCUGCCGGCUCAGCUCUGCGUCCGUGAGCAUUCCUGUUGGCUCCAUGUGAAGAAAGAAGUGAGAGAAAAGGGCUUAGUGCUCAACAAGGAUGAUGUCAUCCAGGUCAAGGAGGCCUUCAAGUGGAUCAUGCAGGGCAUGGUUGCCAAGGAGCUGGGGGGCGUUGCUGUGGUUACUAAGAGCCCGUUCGAGGUCAGCUUGGAGUUCACUCACUCAGAGACGGAGCCUGACUGCCACUUCCUAGCCACAGCAUGUCCUGACUGCUUCAGACCCACCAAGAACAAACAGUCUGUGUUUACUCGGAUGGCGGUGGUCAAAGCUCUGGAAAAGAUACCUGAUGCCAAAUUUCUGAAGCACUACCCGUGUCCUCCGAGACAGCCGAGCAGCAGUUGCAGCCCUCGGGAGGUCCAGUGUCUCCAUGUGUCUGUCUUUGUGGCAGGGAGAUACAACAAAUUCUGUCGCAGUCUGCCUCAGACUCCCUGGGUGAUCGACGGAGAAAGGAGGAUGGAGUCCUCGGUGGAAGAGCUGAUCGCGGCGCCCAUCCUGUCUGCCUUCAGAGCUGACGGUUUCAAUUUCUCUUCCUCUGGCAGAGAAGAUGUGGAUGUCAGGACUCUUGGGAAUGGACGUCCAUUCGCGAUGGAGCUGCUGAAUCCUCACAAAUCCAGAUUCAGCAAAGUGCAAAUGAAGCAGCUGCAGGAGACCAUUAACGAGUCUUCAGACAAAAUCAAAGUGAGAGACCUGCAGAUUGUUACCAGAGAGGCCAUGGGUCGGAUGAAGGAGGGAGAGGAGGAGAAAACCAAGUCAUACACAGCUCUUGUGUGGACCCAGAAAACCAUCCAGAGAGAAGACAUCUCCUUUAUUGACAACAUAAAGGAUCUGACUCUGAACCAGAAGACCCCUUUGAGGGUUUUGCACCGGCGGGCGCUGGCUGUCCGACAGCGAACCAUCCACAGCAUGAGCACCCGCUUCCUGGACUCUCAUCAUUUCUACCUCGGACUGAAGACGCAGGCCGGGACUUACAUCAAAGAGUUUGUCCACGGAGACUUUGGCCGAACAAACCCGAACCUGUGCCAGCUGCUCAAGACGGACACAGACAUCCUGGAACUGGAUGUGGAGUCUGUGGAUGUGGACUGGCCUCCCCCUGUACCAGAGUGAAUGUUGCCCUGCCACGCAAACGCUGCUCGUCCCGUUUCUGAGAGGGUUCGGAUCAAACUGGCUCCGCCUGCUGCUGCUUUUCUCUCGGAGCACGACGCUGAACCAUCAAACAGCCUCUGACAGUUUGUGGUGGAAACCACGAGUGUGUUUGGUGGGGAAGAAAACACAGAUUAUAGCCACGCGGCCCUGUUGGGUGGCUGGUCAGCUGGAUUUUUAUUUUCAUCUUUACAUCACCCACCGUGGAUCUUGAGUUGGAAGUAAUUUAAUAAUAAAUAAUAGUGACCUUGUUCUGUUUUGAAUUUUUUUUUUUCCUUUUCAGAGCCAGGACUCUUUUUUUUUUUUUUUUAAUUCUGUUUACUACCAACAGAACACAAAAAAGUAGUUUGUACAUAAAGAUAAAAACUUUGGUUUCCACUGACUGUAGUUUUAUUCUCGACGGUAUUAUUUAAGUGUUCCCUUCAUUUUUAGAGCAGCAUAUUUUAGUUUAUACUGACAAAGCUGCUCCAUAAUCUUUCAAGUAAAAACCUGAAGCCAAAGAUUAUCUGCAGUGCCUGAAAGCGAUUCUUUGCUGCAUUACAUGAGAAAUGUUUUUGUAAAACCAAAGUGUCUAAUAUUUUCACAGCCAACUACAAGAUUUAUUGAAAGUAAAAUUGUUACAUUGUUACAACCUUCUCAAACCCAAAUCAUUGUGAUCCUGUGCAUCAA